CGCACUGAAAGUCACAUUUGGUGUGAUGAACAGGGAAAAACUAUGUUUGACAGCUUUGACAGGAUAACUGAAAACUUCUAACUUGGAUGAACUUUAGUUUCAAGGACUUCUUCAUCUUGCAAGAUUGCGACGUGAUAAGGCACCAGUUCUAGCUGACUAGCUAGCUGACUGGUGGCUAACCUGCUAAUUUUGUGUAAGGUUAGCUAACCUUAACUAAACUCAAGAGGAGUGGUUACCAAACUGUCACCGUAUUUAAAAAAGAUAGUGGUAGUCUGUCUUAUUUAGAACACACAAAACAUCGUAUACCAAGAGCAAUCUACAGGUGCUGUCAGAAUUUUGGACAGGAAGUCGUGGUCCCCGGCUUGAGUCCAGAAUCGGCCAGCGAUCCCUGCGGAGGGUUGUUGUGUAUGAGCGGACAGGGGUGGGUAUGGGGAAUGGAGUACAGGAACGGCAGGGAGCGCUGACACGGGGCGAAGUGCUGCCACUUCCCUCCUCCAGCCAAUCAGAGGGUUUUAAGCAGAGUCGCUCAGUGCUGAACUCCCUGUUGUCUGGAGCAUUUGCUGGUGCUGUGGCCAAAACAGCUGUGGCACCUCUGGAUAGAACCAAGAUCAUCUUUCAAGUGUCUUCUAACAGAUUCUCUGCUAAGGAGGCUUACAGAUUGAUCUACCGCACGUACUUGAAGGAUGGCUUUUUCAGUCUGUGGAGAGGAAACUCAGCCACCAUGGUGCGAGUCAUUCCCUACGCCGCCAUCCAGUUCUGCGCCCAUGAGCAGUACAAGAGACUACUGGGCGGAUACUAUGGCUUCCAGGGGAGGGCGCUGCCCCCCGUGCCAAGGUUAUUGGCGGGAUCUCUGGCGGGCACCACAGCAGCCAUGCUGACGUACCCUCUGGACAUGGUCCGUGCCAGGAUGGCGGUCACUCCCAAAGAAAUGUACAGUAAUAUAAUGCACGUGUUUGCUCGGAUCUCUCGUGAGGAGGGACUGAAGACUCUCUACAGAGGCUUCACUCCCACCAUACUGGGCGUAGUGCCAUACGCUGGCCUCAGCUUCUUCACCUACGAGACUCUAAAGAAACUCCAUGCAGAACGCACUGGACGCAUGCAGCCAUACUCGUAUGAGAGACUGGCUUUUGGAGCGUGUGCAGGCCUCAUCGGUCAGUCUGCCUCUUACCCCCUUGACGUGGUGCGGAGACGCAUGCAGACGGCUGGGGUGACCGGUCAUACCUACGGCACCAUCACCGGCACCAUGAGAGAGAUUGUGGCCGAGGAGGGCGUCAUUCGAGGCUUGUACAAGGGCCUCAGCAUGAACUGGGUCAAGGGUCCUAUAGCUGUGGGCAUCAGUUUCAUGACAUUUGACCUGACACAAAUCCUCCUGCGAAAGAUGCAGAAACUGGGUUAUACUUCUCGGUAACCUGCAGGGGGCGACAGAGAGACAAGCAAACCUAGAGAGGGUUUUGAGAGGUUUUCCUUUUGAAAACAAAGAGAAAAGACUUUACCUGUUACACAACCACUGUGUAUCUGUGUUAGCAGAAGAAGAUGGGAAAGAUUUUGCCAUGAAACAGAUAAGUUUUUUUUUUUUCCCCCCAAACUUGUGUAGAGCGUGAAAAAAGGUGAGAUAUUAACAGGAGAAAUAACGAGAAAGUGACUGUUGUCUCGGUUGAGAAAAAAAGAAAGCUUAAAAAACAAACAAGCAAACAAGCAAAGAAAGGAGGGGAUAAGACAUGAGCUAUGACACCUCCCCCUGCAUGUCCCUGCUAAAGCCGGCAGAGCAGAGGAGACAGUAAGUCUGUCAGCUUUUGAAAUGUUCUGAAACCACCCUGUCAUCUCUCAUAUACUAACAAAGAGAUCACAUGGACAGGGAAACAGAAUUGUUUUUUUUGUGUGUGUGUAUGUGUGUGUGGGUGUGUGUUUCUAAUUACGCUGUGAAAAUGAUAAGUUUUAGUUAUUGUUUGCUGAUGAGUCAGCAAGGUGUAUCCUUGAUUCAGCAGGGUGUUACACACAGUGUGUGACUGGUACGUUCAGAGACGUGUUGAAUGUUCGGCCUGUAUAUUUACCUUUCGAGUAGAGGUCAUUUACACUGCCGUAGCACAAGUGCAGCAGAAAAAGAGAUCCACAAAGUGGAUUAUGCUCAGACAUGUCAUUUCCUAUAUUUCUUCAUAUACCCACAAUACAAGACAAGGUUCAGUGUGCUCUGUAUUUGGAGUUCUUCUUGUUCUUCUUCUUCCUCUUCUUCCUUUUCUUGUUCUUCUUCUUUUUCUUCUCUGUUUAGUGUUAACGAUUAUCCUAAAAAAAAAAAAAAAAAAAAAGGCCAUUUCUUCCUCUCUUCCACGUUAUGGUAUCUAUUUGCCUUUAAAUAUGCAGAGAAACAUGCAGGCUUGAUUUUCUGACUGCUUUCGUCUAUGUAUUCAACAGUAAUAUAUAGGGCAACAACUAAACAAGCAUUUCAGCUCAGUGGUGCUGUACUGGCUCAUAUUGGAAGAGAACCGGUCGUUGGCCUCUGAAAGACAUGCACAUGAGGGAGAAUAACGUCCAUCCGUAAGCGUAGAGAAAUACUAACCACGAGAAAUACUAACCACACGCAGACGCUUUGGCAAGGCUACAGACAUGUGAAAGAGGUAUGCACAGGUGUAUUCUGGGCACAUGCCAGCUCGUGCUCUGUGUUUUUUGUGUGUGUGUGUGUGUGUGUGUGUGUGUGUGGUUAAUUUUAGCUGUGGGUUCCCAUCUCAUGUUAAAUGCUAUCUGGUGCUUCUAAGCUUAGCUUUUGCACAGAGGGAACUCACACUGUGUGUGUUGUUUCACAUGCCUCAUUUUGAGUGCUCAGAGCAGCUGUAUGUUUGCAUGUGUGUGAGUAGUUUGAAGAAAGAGUCUGCCCCUAGUGUGUGUGGGUGUGUGUGUGUGUGUGUGUGUGU